GUUGCUGCCAUCAUCGCAAGAAUUCCGAAGUACUUAUAAGUACUGACUAUACGCGAUUUUUCGAGAAUAAGAAGUGUAUAUAUGUGUAGACCGCGACGAUGAAAAGAUUAACUAAAAGCGAUUCAAAGAAAAGGGAUUUUUAAAGGCUGACUCGUAAAAGCGAUUACAAAGGUGUAUUCUUGUUAUAUUCUGACUGAAAAAUUGCAGGAGAUUGGUAAAAAUGGCGGAUGAACCAGCAAAAAACGAGAUGCCUGCGCCAAAAAUAAAGCAUGAUUGGUAUCAAACUGAGACUCAUGUUAUUGUUACUGUUUUGGCAAAAAAUACGGACAAUGUGAAGGUCGUUUAUGGCGAGACAACACUGAGUGUUUCUGCAAAAUUACCAACGGCUAGCGAUUACAGUUUAGAAUUAGACUUGGCCCACCACGUUGUACCUGAUCAAUGUUUGUAUAAAGUAAUGCCAUCUAAAAUAGAGAUUAAACUCAAGAAGCGUGAUGGUCAUAGAUGGACUGUUCUGGAAGGUAAUCCAGUAAGCCAAGAUGUACAACCAAUUCCUCAAGAAAUAUUGCAAGCUGGAACUCAACCUCCUAAGUAUCCAAGCUCUUCCAAAAAAUCAAAAGACUGGGAUAAAGUAGAAAAAGAGAUUGAAAAGCAAGAAGCUGAAGAAAAGCCGGAAGGAGAAGCUGCCCUGAAUUCACUCUUCCAACAAAUUUAUGGAAAAGGAUCAGAUGAAGUUAGACGUGCCAUGAACAAAUCAUUUCAAGAGUCUGGUGGAACUGUGUUAAGUACCAAUUGGAAUGAAGUAGGCCAGGGAACGGUUGAAAGAAAACCCCCAGAUGGUAUGGAAUGGAAGAACUGGGAUUCCUAAACAACAAAGACUAAGAAGUUUUAUUUAUAUAAAAAAAAAAACAUUAAAAGUAAAAAAAAGAAAUACUCGAAAUAAAAAUUUUUCAUGUUAUUAACAA